AUGACGCAAUUAACUCGUCGAACUGAAAUGGCUGAAGACAGUAUUAAAGACUGUAUUGCUCCAACUAUUAUUGAUCUAUACAUGUCGUCAUCACGUCAACAAACUCCACCAACCGUUUUACAUCCAGAUCUUCCAAUGCCAGCAAUUAGACGUGAACUUCGGAGUCGUGGAAUUAAAUUUAUUCAUAUAAAAUCAAAAAUCGAAAAUAACAUUGUAUAUGUCGUUGUUGGAUUCAAAAAUGCUGAAGAUCGUCGUCGCUGUCGUACUUUGAUAAGUGAAACUCAUUUUACACGUUUCCGGUAUCUAUAG